AUGGGCAAACAAAGGAAAACUAGGCAAUUCUCGGUGGCCAAGCGCAUGAUCAACCCCAAUGACUCUAGAUUGAAAGCGAACAAGGAAAAGGAAAAGAAGAAGCAGGAAGAAAAGGAAAAGGGAGCAGUUCGACAAUUGCCCCAAGUCGCAUCAUCCAUGUUCUUUGAGUACAACUCGGCUCUUGGACCUCCUUAUCAUGUUCUCGUCGAUACCAACUUUAUCAACUUUUCUAUCCAAAACAAACUCGAGCUCGUCAAGGCAAUGAUGGAUUGCUUGUAUGCAAAGUCUAUCCCAUGCAUCACAGACUGUGUAUUGGCAGAAUUGGAAAAGUUGGGUCCUAAAUACCGUAUUGCGCUCAAGAUUGCACGUGAUCCUCGUUUUGAACGAUUACCAUGCUCGCAUAAGGGUACAUAUGCUGAUGAUUGCUUAGUACAGCGUGUCAUGCAACACAAAUGCUACAUUGUCGCCACCUGUGAUCGAGAUUUGAAGCGUCGCAUUCGUAAGGUGCCUGGUAUUCCCAUUAUGUACAUCUCUGGCAGGAAAUAUGUGAUAGAACGACUUCCUGAGCUUGGUACCAAUACAUUUUAA